ACCGCUAAGAACAUGAGGUGGCAAAAAGAAGGCCGUAUAAAAGAUGGUAAGCUGAGACAUCUAGCUGAUGCAGAGGCUUGGAAGCAUAUUGAUAAGACUUUUCCCAAUUUCGCUCAUGAAUGCAGAAAUGUCAGACUUGGGCUUUCUAGCGACGGAUUCAAUCCGUUCGGGGUUAUGAGUUCAGGUUGGUCUACAUGGCUAGUUGUCUUAAUACCAUAUAAUUUACCCCCACUAUUUUGUAUGAAACAACCGUAUAUGAUACUCUCAUUACUGAUACCGGGUAAGCAUGUACCGGGUAAUGAUAUUGAUGUCUACUUAGAGCCCUUAAUUGAUGAGUUAAAACAGUUAUGGUCGGAGAGUAUGUUGAUAUAUGAUGCCCAUGCUAAAGAGUCGUUUAGACUUCGUGCUAUCCUAAUGUGGACAAUUAAUGAUUUUCCAGCUUAUGCUAAUCUUUCUGGUUGGUCUACAAAAGGCAAGUUUGCUUGUCCAGUAUGUGGCCCAGAAUUUGAAGGCCUUCACUUACCAUAUAGUCGAAAGUGUUGUUAUUGGUUCAACAGGAGAUGGUUGCCCUCGGGCCACAAAUACAGAAAAUUGAGCAAUAAGUUUGACGGCACUGUUGAGACUAGGAAGAAACCACGUCAAAUGACCGGUGCUGAUAUUGUAAAGUUGCUUGAGCAUCUUCCUAAAAUUAGAUUUGGUAAGAACCGAUAUUCUAAGUACGACUCACUCAAAGUUAGAGGCUCCGGCAAAAAGAAAAAGACACUGAAGAGGAAGAGAGCAUCCAACGGACACAUGUUGAUAAUGGAGUCGAUAAAUUACCAAAGGGAUGGAGUAAAUUCAAUAUCUUCUUCCAGCUGCCAUACCGGCAAAAGCUUAAAAUCAGGCAUAACUUGGAUGUUAUGCAUAUUAAGAAAAAUGUUUGUGAUAAUACAGUUUCAACCCUCCAUCAAGAUCCUAAAAAGUCAAAGGAUGACCUAAGGGCUCGUCAAGACUUAGCUGCAUUAAAUAUCCGGGAAGAUUUGCAAGCACAAGAUGUUGGACUUAAGAAAAAACAUAAGCCUUCCUCUCGUGUUACGAUGUCGACAGAGCAAAUGCAGAGAUUUUGGGAAGUCCUCAAAUCAGUAAAAUCACCAGAUGGGUAUUCAGCUAAUAUAUCAACUAAUGUCCAGGUACAGGAGAGGAAGCUCUUAGGCCUAAAGACCCAUGAUUAUCACGUUCUUCUACAUCAAUUGCUCCUGGUUGCAUUGCGUGAUAAUAUGGAGAAAGAAGCAUCAAAAAUUAUUAUGGAGUAUUGUGGGUUCUUCAGAAAAUUGUGCUCAAAAGCUAUAAAUGUGAAGGAAUUUAAAAAGCUUGAAACAGAAAUAUCAUUAAUUUUAUGCAACCUGGAGUUAAUAUUUCCUCAUCCUUUUUUUAAGGUCAUGGUCCAUGUUACUCAACAUCUAGCCAGCGAGGCAAUCAUUGCGGGUCCUGUAUCUUACCGUUGGAUGUACCCAAUUGAGAAAUAAGGGACUUAACCCAGUGCAUUAAUUUCAUAUGCAAUGUAUACAGCUAAUUUUUGUCCUUUCUGUGGUUUUCUUUAGAUUAGAUAUUUGUAGUUCAUAAAAUUUUAAUUAUUGUAGAUAUUUGGGGUUUAUGAAGCGCCUAGUUUGCAAUCGAGCUUAUCCAGAGGGUUCUAUGGCUGAAGGUUACGUGAUCAAUGAAUGUCAUAUGUUUGCAUCACGUUACAUGCACAAUCGCGUAAAAGCUGAUCAGCCUCCAACUAAGGAGAAGAAACUCGUAAAAUAUCCAAGAUCUGACUUGGAGCAGGUUCAUGCAUAUGUAUUGAAUAAACUUGACAUUUUCAGCGAUUAUCAAAGGCGACAUUUGGAGAAGCUUAACAAUGAAAUAUCAGGCAGGAAUGUAGCACAUGAUAUCCAAAAAAACACAUCAAAGAUUUUCCCGAUUGGUUCAGAACCGAUGUAAGUAGCAUAGAAGUAGUAUUGUAUUUUUUUAUUUUUAAAUUUUUAAGCAAACUCGGAGAUCAUUUUAUUCAAUUGAUGCUUGAAUUAGGUUGAUAAAGACGUUCUUGCUGGUGUCGUAAUCUUUGAACAUAUUUUAGUUCACGCACAAUGUCCUUACUAUGAAGUGAGACGAUAUAGUGAACACAUCAUUAAUGGGUAUAAGUUUAAACAGUGGCGACCGAUGAUAAGAGGGUAUCACAAAAUAGUGGGGUCAUGGUCUGUUUUGCUCAGGAAUAUUUUUCUAGCAUAAGAGAUCAAAACCCAGUUGAAGCUGACGUCUUAUAUUAUGGCCAGUUGGAAGAUAUUGUAGAGAUAAUUUACGGUUAUGGUAAAAAAAGUCAGCGUAAUUAUUGCAUGUUUAAGGCUCGAUGGAGUCCUGCCAAAUCGCGCAAGGAUCAUUAUGGGUUUACACUUGUAAACCUCGACAAAGAGAUAUAUCUAGAUGAGAAGUUCAUAUUCGCAGAACAGGCGGACCAGUGCUUCUAUGUGAAAGACCCAAAUGUUGCCCACCGAUUGGGUCGUGCUAUACAAGGAGCCAAGAUCUAUUGUCCUCCCUAAUAAUAAUAUCGAUAGUGAUGAGGACAAUGAACUAAUUGGUUCUUCUGAUAAAAUUUGGCAGAAUUUCUCUUACCCUCAGAAUGUCAUGCUUGAUAUGACAGAUGCGGAGAUUCAGGCUGAUAACCCAAUUUAGUCAGGGAUAGAGAACCAGAGGUAGAUGUGCAACUAGAAUCAACUACUAGUAGACGAAAGCAGACAACGUUAAAUAUAGCCCGAACAAUACAAACAAUACCUCGUUCAAUACGAAAAUAACAAGUUGUAGAAGGUAUAUUCUGUAUGUCAUUUUAGGCGCGGAUGUUAUUUAAAUGUUUAAUUGCAAUAGAUGUUAAUCUUGUGAAUUAGUAGGCAGAUAUUUCUUCUUUAA